AUGGGACCAGACAACCAGACGUGGGUGAAAGAAUUUAUUCUCCUCGGCCUGUCCAGUGACUGGGACACUCAGGUGUCCCUCUUUGUCCUCUUCUUGCUCAUGUACCUGGUGACAGUGCUGGGGAACUUCCUCAUCGUUCUUCUCAUCAGAUUGGACAGCCGGCUGCACACGCCCAUGUAUUUCUUCCUCACCAACCUCUCCCUCGUGGAUGUGUCUUACGCCACCAGCAUAGUCCCUCAGCUGCUGGCUCACUUUCUCGCGGAGCAGAAAACAAUCCCAUUUCUGAGCUGUGCGACACAGUUGUUUUUCUCCCUGGCCUUGGGCGGGAUCGAGUUUGUUCUGUUGGCAAUGAUGGCCUAUGACCGCUACGUGGCAGUGUGUGACCCGCUGAGAUACUCCGCCAUCAUGCACACGGGACUGUGCGCUAGGCUGGCUGCCACAUCCUGGGUCAGCGGCUCCCUCAAUUCUGUCAUGCAGACUGCCAUCACCUUCCAGCUGCCCAUGUGCACAAACAGGUACAUUAACCACAUAUCUUGUGAACUCCUGGCUGUGGUCAGGCUGGCCUGUGUGGACACCUCCUCCAAUGAAGUUGCCAUCAUGGUGUCUAGCAUUGUCCUGCUUGUGACGCCUUUCUCCCUGGUUCUCCUGUCCUACGUGCAGAUCAUCUCCACCAUCCUGAAGAUCCAGUCCGCAGAGGGGAGGAGGAAAGCCUUCCACACCUGUGCCUCUCACCUCACCGUGGUGGCCCUGUGCUAUGGCAUGGCCAUUUUCACCUACGCCCAGCCCCACUCCAGUCCCAGCGUCCUGCAGGAGAAGUUGAUUUCUCUCUUCUAUGCCAUUUUAACCCCGAUGCUGAACCCCAUGAUUUACAGUUUAAGGAACAAGGAAGUGAAGGGGGCCUGGCAGAAACUAUUGAUGAAAUUCUCGGCAUUGUCAUCAAAAGUGACAACUUGA